AUGGAAAGGCCGGCACAUCGGGCAUGGAUGUAUAAUAGGCGUACUGUUGGUCGAAAAGGGUUUACACCUGAAUUUUUGCAAGGCCUCAAAGAGUUUCUGAAUUUUGCUUGUCAACAACCACAGUAUUUGAAUGAGGGUGUAAUAAGUUGUCCGUGUAAGCUAUGUAAAAAUGAAAGGCGCCUAACUCCAAAGGGAGUGAAUGCUCAUGUUCGUCAGAAAGGGUUUACACCCAGAUAUUGGUAUUGGACAUCCCAUGGAGAAGAAGUCCCUCAAAUGAAUUUUGAUGUUGAUAUGGACUCAAACGCAAUUCCUUACAGUAGUCAAGAAGAUAUUGGGUUUGAUGAUGCUGAUCUUAAUGACCAAAAUUUUGUACAAAAUGUAGGGGUGCCUCCAAAUGUGGAAGCAACUGAAAUGUAUGAUAUGUUGAAUUCAACUCAUCAACCUUUACAGCCAGGGUACAGAAAUACAUCAAACUUGUCUGCCGCUAUCACAAUGAUGAAUUUACAAUCUAAAUACAACAUGUCACAAGAUUGUUUCAAUGACGUGUUAAAGUUAAUGGGGGAGUCAAACCACAACGGGAAUGUAAUUCCUUCAAAUUCUAGGGAUACAGAGAGAACAGUGCAGCCUGCUAAAAUGUCAAGUAAAAAGAAACGUGCAGAAACCCAUGCUCCCUUGAUAAUUCCUUCAAAGUCUAGCAAUACAAAGAAAACUCUGCAGCCAACUAAAAUGUUAAGAAAAAAGAAAUCUGCACAAACCCGUGAUCCAUUGGCAAGGCCAUCUGAUACCCUUCAAACUUUUUCUAACCAAGCCACUCAACCUCCAUCUCGAACUAAGCCUCGAACUAAACUUAAACGACCUCCACCCACUAAACCACUAAACUUUAGUACGCAACCCCAACCCUCUCAAGCACAUCCUCAACUUCGCCCGCGACCCCAACCCACUCCACCCACUCAACCUCAACUUCUCCCGCGACCCCAGCCCACUCCAUCCACUCAACCUCAACAUCGCCCGCGACCCCAACCCACUCCUUCCACAAAACCUCAACAUCGCCCGCGACCCCAACCCAUUCCUUCCACUCAACCUCAACAUCGCCCGCAACCCCAACCCACUCCGCCCACUCAACCUCAACUCCGCAUGCAACCUCAACCCACUCCACCUCGACCUCAACCUCAACCUGUGACACCUCAAUCUGAACCAAACCCUGUCAUAUCUCCAACCAUUCCUGCCCAAGUCCUUCAAUGGCAAGAAUUUUCAACAGUCAACUUAAAUCAGAACAAAAUCCCUAUACUUCCAGAAGGAGACGGGUUUGAUCAACACACGUUGGUAGUGAAGGCAAUUGGUUCAAUCAUACGUACUUACUUGGCUGAGGGAAUACCAUCAUGGAAGCAGAUACCUAAAAAGCAACGAGAUUCGUGGUUUGAUAUAUUUAAAUCAAUGUUUACAUGGCCACCUGAACAUAAAGACCUGGUACGACGUAACUUUGAGAAAAGGGGUUCAGCUAAAAUGAUUCAAUUAAUGCAAGAUGCUAGAAGAAAUUCAGAUCACAAACCAAUUUGGAUGGAAGAGUGCGUGUGGGCACAGUUGAAGGCACAUUGGGAAUCCUCAAAAUACAAGACAAUAUCUGAAAUAAAUAAAAGAAAUUCUGAGUCUAUGGCUGACGCAUCUCUUCACACUGGUGGAUCAAUUCCUCAUCGCUUGCAUUGGAAGCGAAUGAAGGAGGCAAAUGGGACAGAUCCAUCCAUGGCUGAGUUUUAUUUUCGUACGCACCGAAAGAAGGAUCAAAGUUGGGUGGGUCCAUCUGCGGAGUCUGCUUAUAAGAAAUUUGAACAAAGAAAAUUGGAAUUAUCUUCCCAUCUUGAUUCAGGAGAGAAUAGUGGCGAUAAUCAACAACCCAUAGGAAUGCCAUCUGACCUGGAUAUAUGGGUAGAUUCAAUUGGACAUAAAAAGGGAAGGGUGUUUGGUCUCGGAUCUGUUACCAAAACAUUGGUUCCAUCUGUUAGGCCUCCUGGAAAUUCAGGAGAUGUCAAUGCUUUAAGAAGUCAGAUUCAUGCACUUAACGAGUCGUUGCAUAAACAGGAACAAGAGAAGCUAGAAAUGAAACAAGAGUUAACUGAGACUAGAAAACAAGUAGCAGCUUUAAUGCAACAUCUAGGAUUUGCUGGCUCUUCUUCUCGUCCAUUUUCAGUAUCUCAAAACAGCAAUGAUACUGAUAAUGGUGAUGAUGGUACUGAUGAUGAUGAUGGUGGUGAUGAUAUGGAGUAG